AUGGUGAUUGACCUGGCCCUGGAGUUGCACAGACGAGCCAAGGACUUUGCUUUAGCGGGUGACACGCUGCGCGCAAAGGCGUUAGUCGAAAGCAGCAUCGACCAGCUUGUAACGGCCAAAGGACUGGUGCCCGGCGGGCGCGUGCUCCAGCUGCUCGAGGGUCUGCUUGAGGCCUGGCAUACCGAUGGCAUUGUCUUGCAGGCCGAAGACCACGACACCGUGUCAGAGCUGGAGUGCUGCGUGGCAGAAGCGCUUCGCAAGGUUGCGAAAGCUCCAGUGGUAGCAGCAGUGGCAGCCAAGCUCGUGUUAGGAGGCUGCGGCACUACACCAAGCACCGCCUCUGAUGCAACAUCGGCCAGAGGCGACUGCAUUGCUAUUGAUCCGAAGAGCGGUGGCCUCCUCAAUGCGGCGGCUGCAGCAGCGGAAGCGCGAGUCGUUGAUGAUGGCGCCAGUGGGGUGGACUGGGAUGCAGGGGUCGUUGUCAUUGUCACGCUGAUGAUGUCUUGUCAGCCUCCGGGCCCACGGGCGAGUGUGCACCUGGACGCCGGCGUGCGUAGCUGGUGGCGCUCCUUUCGGGUCAUCGUCCGCGCGCCUCGGACUGAGCUGUUCCCGCCUCAUCGAACUUGUUUCGCUGGCCAGCCUCAGUCUCCACUUCACUUCUUCCUUUUGUCUUGA